AUUUCAUGUUCAUUGAUUUCUAUUGAUUAAAUGAUUAUUUAUACCAUAAACAAAUAGUAAAAAAAAAGUAAUGAUUGUGGCAACAUUGCAUAUGUCAGUUGGGAGGCAAAAUGUCUGCGAAAAGGCGGCCACCUGUUUUGCUCAAGGAACAUACGCACUUCAUUACAUUUUUAUGGUGCUUAUUUGUAACUAAAAUGAUUUGUCCGUCACAGCGGACAUUGCUAAUUGUAUAGAAAAGUAAUACUUUAUUACUAUGUCCGCUGCGGCGGACAACGCCAAAAUUUGUGUGCUUCUGCUUGUUUGGUUAUGGUUCUGAGUUUGUUUUUCUUUUCUUUGCCAACAGCCUAAUCGCGCAAGUAAAAUUAUUGCUUUAGUGCCGAAUGAACAUGCACCUUCCGAUGCUAGCGAAAUAUCAGAUUCGGAAACUGAAUUGCAUGAUGCACGUACUAAUUCUUCCACCCCCCUGUCUUCUCCUGCACCAUCUAUUGCAUCUUCCCUUGCUAACAUAACAAUAGAUACAUCCGACGAUGAAGAAUUACACUCCGAAGAUGCUGAUAUUAUACCAGAUUCUAUCGUGCGUGAAAUUGGCGAGUCCAUUUAUGAAAAUGUUCCAUCCCUAUCUGCUAUUCCUUCAUUGCCUGCAACGCCUAUAACACCAAUAGCUUCUUCAUUAGCACCCCGAAAAACAAGAUCUAGGAAACCACCCACAGUCAAAUCCAAAAGACCAAAAAAAACAAAAAAAUUCAGCUGACUUCCAAUUGGAGAGUAGCUCAGUUCCGUCACCAAGCGACAAUAGAAGAGGAUGAGGAGUAUGAUUACAUAGACCUGCCAGAAGAUGAUUCACCUUUGAGUUUCAUUCACCUUUUUUUUUCUCAAGAUAUGUUUACUAGUAUCGUAGAGCAGACAAACUUAUAUUCAGUUCAACAAACCGGCAAGUCAAUUCAACUAACAGACGAAGAAUUAAGAGACUUUUUAGCCAUCCAUAUACUUAUGGGUAUUGUUGUAAUGCCUUCAUAUCUUGAUUAUUGGUCAGAAAAAUUUAGAUAUGGUAAUGUCGCGGAUAUAAUGUCUUUGAAAAGAUAUCAGCAAAUACGAAGACAUUUACAUUUUGUUGAUAAUACAAUGGACGAUGGAGACAAAUAUUUUAAAGUUCGUCCAAUCAUAGAGAAUUUACGACAAAAUUGUCUGAAACAACAGAAAAAGGAAACAAAAUUUAGUAUAGAUGAAAUGAUGAUAGCAUAUAAAGGGACUAAGGCCGGUAAAAGAAAACAAUACAUGAAGGAUAAACCUAAUAAAUGGGGAUUUAAAAAUUAUGUAAGGGCCGGAGCUUCCGGAAUAAUUUAUGAUUUUGUGCUGUAUGGAGGUGACGAUACUUUUCGCAACCACAAGUUCACUGAAGAAGAAUUGUCUCUAGGUUUUGGUGCUCAGAUGGUUAUAGCAUUAUGUCAAAGUAUUUGUCAAAAACCAUCUUUCGUGUUUUGCGAUAAGUUUUUUUCUUCACCUGAGUUGCUAUUUAUUCUCCGAGAAAACUAUGGUGUUUUUGCCUUAGGCACUAUUCGAGGCAAUCGCCUUCGAGGAGCAGAAAAAGUUUUACCUACUGAAAAAGCCAUGAAAAAGAAACCUCGAGGACAUUUUGUAGAAGCUAUAUGUGAUAAAAACCGCUUAGCUGUUGUUCGUUGGAAUGAUAAUAAGGCUGUCACAUUUAUUAGUUCCUUUGUAGCAAGUGAGCCUAUAGAAAAAAUACGCCGAUAUUCCAAAGACGCAAAAGCCAAAAUCGAUGUCCAUGCUUAUGCUUUUUGGGUGGGCGAUGGAAACGAUGACCACUUUGGCGAGGAAACCACACAGAACAUGACCAUGGGGAUCUAAGAUAUAAUGAUGGACUCCCUGCCACUUGCGAGCAGUACGAUGAAAAAAAGUGGCCGUUGGCAUUUGGCAUCAUACCAAACAGUUCUU